UCUAAUUCCAACGUACCGCAAUCUUCGAUAAAAAAACCGAAAAAAAAAAAACUACGACAAGCUAUGCUCAAGAAAAUUCCGUCGUCCCGGAAACCAUACCAUACCUUCUCCGUUCCCCCGCAGACAACCAGGUAACAAACAGGUCAUAGAUCGAGAGCGAGAGGAAGAGAGAUGGCCGGCGGCGGGGGGCACGAAGGAAGCACGACGUACAGGGGCUACGCCAUCCACCGCCCCAAGCGCUGGCACGUCCUCACCGGCAAGGGCUUGUGCGCCAUCAUGUGGUUUUGGGUUUUAUACAGGGCUAAGCAAGAUGGUCCUGUAGUUUUGGGUUGGCGUCAUCCUUGGGAGGGGCACGAAGACCACUCUCAUGGGCAUGACCAUGGGCAUGAGGCAUCUCAUUAGAAAUCCCAAGGGUGUCUGCUGAGAAAGGUUUCGAGCUGUUGCCUGUGUGACUGCAAUGCUAGUCAAUAAGGUUGAUUUGGGACAUGAAACUGUUCAUUUCAUUUUGUUAUUACAUAAAAUUGUGGAUUGGAAAACUGAGCCUGUUUAUAUUUGCUCGAUUUAGCUUGUCUAGACUCCUCUUCAUAUGAAAUGGAUUAUCAUGUUCUGUGAAAACCCUAUAUUUAAUACCAUUUCUAUUUCUGAAAA